AUGUUGCGGGUGUUCAUGGGUGGCGCUGAUUACUUACCAUCAGGAGAAAUGUAUGUCCCUUCUUUGAGGAGGAAAACCACCAUCAAGUGUGGGAGAGCCAAGCUUCGGCACGAAUGGGUCUGCUCGACCGGAGUAAUACCACGACCUUACAGAAUACCGGCGGAAAAUCAUCAAACGACUUCUCUCGCUCAGGGUAUGGCGAGAGAGAGUGUCAAACUCUUACUGACUACAAACACAGCACAGCACACAGAAAAACCCCGACUGAACACCAGCCCUGUUUUCCGUUCCUUUUUUGUUCAGACUACUCGACGUCCUUGCGUCAUUGCAGGGAUUCAGCAGAAUACCAGCGUCAGUGUACUUCCAAAGGACAAACAUCAGUCAGUGGCAGACUUUUACUCUGGGAAGUCUGUGUUCAUCACGGGGAGCACCGGAUUUUUGGGGAAGGUUUACCUUGAGAAAAUAUUAUACUCGUGUCCCAAAUUGGAUAAAGUCUACCUUCUGAUCAGAGACAAGAAAGGCGUGAUUGCUGAUAAGAGAGUUGCAGACCUGUUCGAUAACCCGCUCUUCAAAAGGUUGAAAAGCAACAACCCUGAUUUCGUUAAGAAAGUUGUACUUGUACCCGGUGACUUAAGGUUACCGAACUUAGGGUUGUCACCUACUGAUGAACAGACUCUGAUUGAUAAGGUAUCAGUUGUAUAUCAUGCAGGAGCGACAGUCAGGUUUCACGAACCUUUGCCAGUGGCUAUAAACAUUAACUAUGAAGCUACAAAGAAAAUGCUCGACCUUACUAAACAAAUGAAGAACAUUGAGGCCUUUGUUUACGUGUCUACGGCGUACGCUCACGGUGCAACUAAAGUUCUUGUAGAAACUACCUACCCACCUCCAGCUAAGGUGGAAGAUGUUUACAAGUUCAUGGAAGAGCAUGGGCACGAUGAUUUGGAAGUGAAAAAGUUUAUAGGCAGUCAUUUCAGUACGUAUGCGUUCUCCAAAUCACUAUCAGAAUCCUAUAUUGCGAAGAAUCAUGGGAAUGUGCCCACAGUUAUCAUCAGGCCUUCGGCAGUGACCUCAAUAAAGGAUGGGCCAGUAAAAGGUUGGCUAGACAAUUGGUUUGGGGCUUCAGGCAUUUUAUUUUACAUCAAUGAAGGUGUAAUUAGAGUUAUGCACGGUGAUGGAAACCACACUAUCGACUUUAUUCCGGUGGACUACGUUUCCAAUUUGAGUAUCAUAUCAGCUCUGAGAGCUAAAGAGUCCAAUGAAGUACAAGUGUAUAACUGUACCACAACAUCAGAUAACCCGCUAAACUGGGACACCAUCUAUAAACAAAUUAAAAAUGAAAAGAAAAUGACUGGAAAAAAUAAGUUCCCGUACGUAAGCACGAUAUAUGUGAAUUCAAAACUAGCUCUGCAUUUGGGAACCUUCUUCCUCCAGAUCAGUCCAGCACUCCUAGCUGAUUUAUGGUUGAAAAUUAAACGCAAAGAUCCUAAAUACGUCAAAAUAGUAUCACAAGCCAUCGCUGUCCGAAACGCUUAUGAUUAUUUUACUAGCAAUACUUUCAUCAUGAGGUCUGACCGGACGAGGCAGCUGCAUGCCUCACUGUCUCCCGAAGACCGGCAGCAGUUCCAAUGUGACCCGACGCAGAUUAACUGGCCAGAAUAUUUGAAAGUUAAUAUGAAUGGAAUCUAUAAGUACUUGAAGCCACCUAAGGUGAUGUGAAACCUCAGAAUACAGAACAAAGAAAGAAUCGAAAAGAAGAAAGAUAAUAAUAUAAUACUUGUUU